GGUAUAUUCCCAAUAUUAUAUGGAGUAGACAUUAUUUUGUUUUCCAUUUGCUAAGUUCCCUUUGGAGCUCUUCUUUGUUACCCAAUCAAUCUAGGUCUCAAGAUGCCCUUCAUUACAAGGCAUGAUGCAGUCAACUACCGUGCUCAUGAAGGUCUCUUUCCUUUGAUUUUUCUUUCUCUUCCCCUUGAUACACAGCAAUAACUUCCCCUUGAAUGUACGGUCGCGACAGGCACACAUUGGUAAACCGUAGCAAAUGCCCUAUCUGGGGUAGUAGAAGAGAAGGGGGGAUUCAAGGAGUAUGAACAACACAAGAGAUUCGGGUCUACUGAAACUUUCGGAUCAAAAACCGCAAGCAUUACCCCAAAUGACGUCAUGAACCUCACCACCCGCUUGAAUGCAGCAAACAACCAUAUUUGACCGGAAAGGAAACCAUGUCGUUCAGAUCCCCGUCCGACAUCGAGGUUACCACUCGUCAAAUCCCGGGAUGGGAAGACAUCCCCAACACAUCCAUCCAGUCUAAGCCGCUUAUGAUAUAUCACCACGCUUUUGAUGCGUCCUCAAGUCAGCUUCAGGCGCGCUUGGAGGAAAUCGGCGAGGUCGAACCACAGUGGAUUUAUACUAUGUAUCAGCAAACGCACUUCCACAGCACAACGCAUGAGGUUUUGGGAGUGGUCUCCGGACGCGCUCGUCUCUGCUUUGGCGGUGAAGCAAACCCCAGUCGUUUUGAGCCAACGGUUGAGAAAGGUGAUCUCAUCAUCGUUCCCGCUGGGGUAGGCCACCGCCUGUUAGAUGAUCUCGGCACGGAGAGUUUCAGCAUGGUGGGUGCCUAUCCUCGAAAUAAACACUGGGACAUGUGCUAUGGACAGCCGGGUGAGGAGAGAAAGGUUAAGGCUAUCGAAAAGCUCGACUGGUUCCAUCGCGAUCCCUUGUACGGAGCCGAUGGUCCCGUUCUUCAUAUUUAACAUCAUAUUUUCGGCGAUAGUCUCUUCUUCGUUUGUCAUUUGAGCUUAUAUUCCGUCAUUCUACUAAUAUAUAUAUACAU